AGGCCAGGGGAUAGUUACUUAAACUGAAACCCGCCCUUUGGUGCAAAACUAAGCGGAUGAGAGAGAACCGCUGUGGGGCGAAAGGCAAGAGGAAAUGGCAUCGCCCCUGUACUCAAAUUUCCAUAUGCGUAGACUUCAUUUAAAGGAGCCGUUACCACACAUUUAGCCCUCCAUUGGUUUUGUCAUUUCCUGAGAUGAAGAAUAAGCUACAUGAUUUAGAUCUGUGCGCCUUGAGAGCCAAAGCCGUGUCCUCCUGCUGACAUGACAGCAGCCUGCGCAAACAUGCUGCGCUGCCGUGGAUGACUGAAAAUCAGCUGAGAAGGGGUGUUGCAAACACAUUUAUUUUGAUGACAUGGAAUAUGCAAGAAUGUGUUGCCCUACCCUUCUUACACCACCGAGAGUGCAAAGCCGCUUAAACCAGGCGGAAAAGCUCAGACGGCAGUGACUUCAGUACCGUCGGAUAGAAAAAUAUGGCACCUCAGCAACCUUCUAGCAUUGAGGAGCAAUGUGAGCCUGAACCUGAGGAGGGAGAGAAACUAGGACCCCCUUCAGACCAAAAACAUCCAGCUUAUGAUGCUCCAGAUGGCGGCUGGGGAUGGGUGGUUUUGCUCGCUACCAUCAUUGUCUUGGCUCUGACGCUGGCCUUCCCAUCAUUCAUUGGUAUUUUCUAUGUAGAUCUACAGACUGAAUUUAAAGCCAGCAACAGCGAGACGUCUUGGGUGCCUUCAAUAAUGACAGCAGCUCUACAUGCUGGAGGUCCUCUUUGUAGUGUUCUGGUGGAGCGCUUCGGAUGUCGGGCGACAGUGAUGUUUGGGGGAGUACUGAGUGGUGUGGGGAUGGCAGCCAGCUCCUUCUCACAUUCCAUUGUUGAAUUGUACAUCACUGCUGGGGUGAUCACAGGUCUGGGUUUCUGCUUCAGCUUUCAGCCUGCUGUCACCAUCCUCGGCCAUUACUUUGUACGCCGUCGUCCAUUCGCCAACGCAAUGUCCUCCACUGGCACAGCUCUGGGCCUGUCCACAUUGCCCUUUUUAGGAGACUACUUGCACAAAGAGCUGGGCUGGAGAGGGAGCUUUCUGGUGCUUGGCGCUGUGCUGCUUAACUGCUGUGUUUGUGGGGCUGUCAUGAGGCCACUCAAGCCCAGAAAGGCAAAGAGCAACAGCCCAAAACCCACCAAAGAAAAGAGGCUGAAGGGGGGAUUGCUAGGAAUAUUUAAAAGUUUUACAUCUUCUCUCAGACGGCACAUGGCCUUUGACCUGUUCAGCAGUAACCUUCGAUUUCGGGUCUUCUCUUUGGGCAUCACUUGGAUGAUGCUGGGGUUUGUGGUGCCCCUUAUAUUCCUAGUCCCGUAUGCCACGUCCGAAGGUAUGGAUCCAAGUCGAGCCGCCCUGCUGCUCUCCAUCCUGGGCUUUGUCAACAUUAUUGUGCGACCUCCCAUCGGAGUGCUCUUCAGUUUGUCGUGGUUUAAAGGUCGACACAUCUACGUGUUCUCCAUCGCCUUGCUGUUAAAUGGACUCAGUAAUAAUAUUUGUUGCAUUAAUGCCAGUUUUCCUGUGCUUUUAAUGUACGUGCUUACGUAUGGAAUUACUAUGAGCGUGGUCGGGUCACUGAUGUUCACCGUUUUGAUGGAUACAGUUGAGAUGAGCCGGUUCCCAUCCGCGCUCGGACUGCUGUCUAUAAUGGAAAGUGUCACAUUGUUAAUAGGACCUCCUCUCGCAGGAAUUCUAGUUGACAGGACUGGGGUCUUCACAUAUGUGUUCCUGGUCUGCAGCAUCUCAGUGACCUUAUCAGCUUUGUUCCUUAUGGUUUCCUUUUUUUGGCUGGACCGCCGUGACACUUGCCAGAAGGAAAAAGCUUCUGGAUCUCCAGCUAAGCCUGCAGUUACUUUAUCCACUGACUGCCAGUACAGCACUGUGCCUACAGAUGGGGACAAGACAAAUACCUAAUCUUCACAGGGACCAAAAAUGUAAACCAGAUCAAGACAAGAGUGAGGUUGCCCAACUGUUUGAAAUUGAGGUGUAUCACAGCUCGUGGAAAUGUAUGGCAUACAGUAGGCUAUUUUGCCUAGUUCAUGUAUUUGGAUUACAGUAAAUAGAGUAGAUUUCUGCAAAGAAUACAGUAAAAAAUAGCUUCUUCAUAGCUUCUUAUAAUGAACUUUGAAGCUGUUUUUCCAGGAAAUGUUGUUCAGCAUCAUAGUUGUUUCAUGUCACAUUAAGUUUUAUCUUUAUCUCUUUUCAUUUAUUGUUAUGUAUAAGAAUACACUAUAUACACUGUGUUUGUAUAACAUUGUAAGUAUUCUUAUUGUAUUUUUGUACCAUAUACUGAAUGACCUACAUACACUGUUAACCCUUAAUGGGUGUUUGAAUCUGUUGUCUUAACUUUACAACAUUCAGGGGCGGUUUCCAGGAGAGGGAUUAGACUAGUCAUAGACUAAAAUAAAUGUAAGAGCUGUCCAAACUGAAAACAACUUGCACUGAUAUAUCUUAAAAUACAUCAGUGCCCUUUGUUUUGACUCAAAAUGCACACAAGUAAUGUUUUAGUAAGGCAUGUUUGUUAAAACUAGUUAUAUUUCCUAAUUAAACUGAGGCCCAGUCCUGGCUUAAACUACUAAUCACUGUCCGGGAAACCACCCCUCAAGAUGCCAAAGUGUAAAGAGACUAUUAUCAUAAAUCAGGAGAAACUCAAGUCUAGGUUUGACUAAAUACAAACUUUUGUUAACCAAGUCCCACGUCAUAAAACUUUUUUCGUCAUGAUGCUUCGCCUUAAAGUCAUCUAUUUCUCAGUGAGAUUUUUAGUGUGCUUUGCCCUAAAUACCUAAUGUGCACUUGGUGAGGGCUGCUGGGUUCAUGGAUUAGACUGUAUGAAAGACUCUUUGAACACUGAGGGGUGGUUUCCCAGACAUGGUUUAGAUUAGUCCAGGACUAGGCCUUAGGUAAAUUAGGCUAUUUAAGUAGUUUUUACAAGCAUGCCUUACAAAAAAACAUUACUGGUGUACAUUUUGACACAAAACAAUGACACUGAUAUAUUUUAAGAUAAGUGUUUUCAGAUAAGACAGCUCAAACAUGCAUUUAAAUCUGGGAAUAGACUUGUUAUGACCUGUCUGGGAAGCCGACUCUGAGUGUGUUUCAUUAUUAUUUACUGUAGGAUAGAAGAAGCAUUACAUUUCAAGAUGUUUUAUGGGAAGUUGUUACGUUUUCUCAGGUGCACUAUUAUUGGCCUUGUUAUAGUCAUGUUGUUUUCUUAUUUUGCCAAAGCAAAUGACUUGCUAUAAAUGGAAGGGGAUGUGAACCUCUUCAGAGAGUCAUUUAUAGUAUGGUAAAGAGUAUUUAGUACACUAAUAAAGUCUAUUUCUAUAGUAAAGGAAAAUAUAUUUGGAAUUUUAGUAUUGAAGCUGUAAACAGAUAAAUGCUUAUAAACAUUUUGGCAGUGCCAUUGACU